AUGUUCCUCCAUAGCAGUGUGAGAGAUGAAUUGUCACUAUCUCUUGGUGUCAUCAGUGUUAUCAGUUGGGGUGUUGCGGAGAUACCACAGAUUAUGACUAAUUACAGUGAGAAAUCAACUGAAGGUCUCUCUAUCGCCUUCUUAACCACAUGGAUCAUCGGUGAUAUCUUCAAUCUCCUUGGCUGCUUAAUGGAACCAGCUACUCUUCCAACACAAUUCUACAUGGCACUGUUGUAUACAGUGACUACAUCGGUUCUCUUUGUUCAAUCUAUAUAUUAUGGCCAUAUCUAUCCUCGGUUGAAGAACAGAAGAAAUCAGUUGCUUGAGGCGGAACGUUUAUCAAACAUAAGCACCGAUGCGAAAAUUCCAGCAAGAUGGAGGAAUAGCUGCGCUGAUGCUACUCAUGGUGGAGGUCAAACCACACCUAUCAGUAUGCUUCCUGGGAGUCAUCGGACUAGUUUUACCGGAAGAGAACUGUUUUACACGUCUGCAAGAUCUCUGUCGAGUAGUCAUACACCACCAGCAGGAUCUGUCUUAGCUCAGAGAAUGACUCGUGGUCAAAGCGAACCAACUCUUGAAGAGCCCUUGCUUCCCGAGGAGGAUGCGUCGCCUACUUCAUUACCUCCUUCCACCAAAUCAUUGCUAUGCGUGGUCUCGGUAUUCUUGUUUCUUGGAACGUUCAACGUUCCUAAUUUGCUAAAUGAACCAAGAACUAUGGCUAUGGGAGAGAGUGACAGAGUAUUUGUGGUUCGUGCAGCAAGAAAGCUUUUACAGGUUACUAGCGGCAACUUAACAGAACAUAGCGGUGGUGGAGAAAGCAGCAAAAUAGGAAUGUUGUUAGGUUGGGCAAUGGCAGCCAUUUACAUGGGCGGGAGGCUUCCUCAAAUAUGUCUCAAUAUGAGGAGAGGACAUGUUGAGGGAUUGAAUCCAUUGAUGUUCUUCUUUGCAUUAGUUGGUAAUAUGACUUAUGUAGGAAGCAUACUUGUAAACAGCGUCGAAUGGAUAAAACUUGCACCGAAUCUACCAUGGCUUGUUGAUGCAGGAGGAUGUGUUGUGCUUGAUUUUCUUAUUCUCCUUCAGUUUUUCCAUUUCCGCUGUCGCAAAGACAAAGAUUCUGACGUGAAGAAGCAUGAGACAGCAGAAGCUGUCUAA